AUGCCGGUGCCGCCCCACGUCGCAGCCGAGGCGAGGCGCUGCUUGGCGCGGUUCCGCUUGCCUGCUGAGCUCAAGCGCCCUUGCCCACCGCGGGCGGACGUGCCCAGCCGCGGCGAGACGGAGCCAGCCGCGCCCGGCUGCCGUGAACCCAGUGCCCCCGGCGCCGCCGCCGCCACGCCAGAGAGACCUCGACCAACCAUCGCUGGUGACGACGCCCGUGCUGAUGGAGGCCGGCCCUCGAACAUCGUUCUGCUGUCUCGGCAAUUAUCUCUUUCCGGGAGCUCACGCCCUCGCACGCUGGGUCAUCGUGUCACGCCGCCAUUGUUUCCAUCCAGGUCUAAUGGCUUUGAAUUUGUCGGUGGCCCCGUCAAAGAAAGCCAACCAGAGAAAGAAGCAGAAGCCUUCUCUCAUCAUAGCGAGAGAGAUGUCUACCAGGAAUACCUCGAGGUACGCAAUGCAAUCUCUGGUCCAUCGAAGCACACGCACGGUUUCGUGUCCAUCCGUCGAAAAUGUCAGCAACAAGAUCUGCCUGAGGGUGUCAUGUCAAUACCCCUUUACAACUAUCAGAAAAUGGCACUAGAUUGGAUGCUUUUCCGGGAGAAAAGUUCACAUUGUGCUGGUGGAAUUCUGGCAGAUCAGCAGGGACUUGGAAAGACAAUACAAGUGAUUGCUCUUAUUCUGAAGGAGAGGGCUCAGCAGUCCAAGUUCAUGUCUAUUGAUUCAGAUAGAGAAGCCACUAUUGUCAACAAGGAGCCCAAGGAUUUAUUGUUUCAUCAAAAAUCAGCACAUCAUGUCACCAAUUUUAAGCCACGUGCUGUGGAUAGAAUCUCGACCACGGCCAAGCUAGCAGGAGGAACACUUCUGGUGUGCCCGAAAGGCAUUGUGACACAAUGGAACAAGGAGUUGUCUCAGAAGAUUACAAAGGAUGCCGAGUUGUCUGUUCUUGUUUAUCAUGGAUGUUCAAGGAUCAUGGACUCACAAGAGCUUACUAAGCAUGAUGUUGUGAUCACCACAUAUAAGAUGGUCAAGCAACACUUCAAUUCCAGAAAAAAGCGAGCUAAGAAGAAACCAAGUGCUCCAGAUGGCCAUAAAAACAACCCGAUUGCCGGGGUAAGAUGGUUCAGAAUUGUUCUCGACGAAGCUCAUGAAUUAAAAAACAGCGACUCUUUGGUCUCCAAAGCUUGUUGGGAACUGGAAGCUGAAAGGAGAUGGUGCCUAUCAGGAACACCUGUGCAAAAUAAAUUUGAUGAUCUCUACAGUUAUUUGCGCUUCUUGAAAUAUAGACCAUAUUCUGAAUACACUUCAUUUCGCUCUUUGCUAAAGGAGAAAAAAUCUACAUAUGCAAGUCAUGGCAAAACAAAACUUGAAAUAUUGUGGGGAAUAGUUUGUCUGCAACGCACGGAAGGACUAACUACAACCACUAUGAAGGAUAUCACAAAACCUCCUCAAGAAAAAAGGGAACAUCAUCUUGCUUGUGACCAUCCUAGUCUUGUGAAAAGUCGAAUUGAUUAUGAACAAUGUUCUACAAUAUUCGAGAGAAGUUAUGUCUCCUCGAAGAUGAAAGCAAUAAUCGAUAUACUUAACUCAAUUGUGAACAAGCACACCUUUACUGAGAGCGAUAGUAAUAUUGAAUCAAGUACAAUUGAAUCAGCUCCUGAGAAGGUUUUAGUAUUCUCCCAGUUCACCACGAUGCUGGACUUGCUGCAGCCUUUAUUGAACAGCAAUGGUAUACAAUUCAGGAGGCUUGAUGGGAAGAUGAAUCGGAAAGCCAGAGACGAAGCAGUGAAAGACUUUAACAGAAACCCAGAGGUGACAGUAUUGCUUGUGUCUCUGAAAGCCGCUGGUGUUGGCCUCAGCCUAUUUGCUGCUUCACAUGUCAUCAUCACUGAUCCUUGGUGGAACCCUUUUAUGGAGGAUCAAGCAAUUGGCAGAGCUCAUAGAAUUGGUCAAACCCGUCCGAUAACUGUGUACCGUUUAGUUGUUAAAGGCACGAUUGAAGAAUUCGUUCUAAAAUGGCAGGAUCUAAAAGAGUAA